CUCACACACACACACACCUGGCAGCCUACAGAGAAGUAGGUCGCGCGAGCCUUUGGGUGGAGCAGCAGCGUCGCGUGCUGCGGAUUCACUCAGUAGGUCGUUAACUAGUGUGCGCGCGAUUCGGUUGCAGAUGCAGGUCGCUGCGUGUAAGCACGAGCAGGGGGGAAAUGGCGAACAGGCGCCACCGGCGGCCACGGAGACAGCUUGAGGACUGACACAAGACGGACAGGAGCCAUGGAGGACUCGGAGCCCGCAGAGGACGGCUUGCUCGCGGGCUUGCGGUGGAACCGGAGCGCCCGGGACCAGGCUCAGCUCAAACACAAAAUCCGGGAUCUGCCGGGGCUGCUGAAGCACGGGCUGCACCUGCGGAAGAAGAGCCAAUCACCUGACACUAUUCCUGGGCCGAGUACGGGACCUAUAGUACACAAGUCUUGCUCCCAGAGUUUUCCAUGCGCUGGUCGCGCUGUGAGGAACGCCUUCCUCUCUCAUGGACCUUACCCUGCUAAAGACAAGAUACACCUGGCCAGAAUCAUAAGGCGUAGCUAUGUGGGCGUGGAGCUGGUGCAGUGGCUGUGCGACCAGUGUGUGUAUGUGCGCUGUCGGACGACCGCUGUGCGUGUCUGGCAGGUUCUGCUGGAGCUGGGAGUCCUGCUGUCGGUCGACCAGCGGGUGGUGUUUUCGGACUCAAACACAUACUACCAGUUCAGCUUUGAGGAGUGCGACUCGGCUUCCUGCGAGUUUCGCUCCAAUGAGUCGGAGUGGUCAGAGGCUGUUAGACUCCUCCUACAACUCGCCCCAUAUGUUCAGUUUCGCUCUGGAGGUGGAGCUAAUAGCCCGUCAGAGGAGGACUCUGAAGGCAACAGGGACAUCUGCAGUGAGAUUCUGCAGAUGAAGGCUCUCGAGAGGCUCACGUCUACGGUACAAAGUGAAUUGGCGGCUGCUCUCGCCCGAAAGACACGCAAAGCUUUAUCAGAGCAGGACUCUGAGGCAACAGAAACAAGCCGACAGGAGCCUCGCACACCCAGUGAGGAGAGCAGCCCGCUGGGCGGGGUGUGUGCAUUGCGGGACGGCGGCGGCGGCGGCAGUGGCAGUGGCGGAGGUGGUGGUGGUGGUGGUGGAGGAGGAGGAGGAGGAACGGGGACUGGAUGCGGCCGCGAGGACCUGACCAGUCGGCUGGGACUGGAGGCUGUUCAGCGCCUGGCCAAGGACGGCUGCCGGCUGCUGCAGAACCACAACUACCGGCUGCCUGACAGGAACCAGGCCGAGGCAGUGGGAAGAGUUUGCCUGAAGGAGAGAGGUCGGGACGUGUUGGUGUUGCAAAGAGUGACGUCGUCAGUCACGUCGCCAUCGGACCGUCCCUCACCCACACCCACGUCGGUGGGCGGGUCCAGAGAGGAGGACUGCAACAAGAGGUAUGUGGUGGUGUCGGGGACGCCACUCAAAAUCCUGGAGCACCUCCUCAGCGAUCUGCGGCUGGACGACCAAAGAGGGGUGCCAGAGAGCAGGGAGAGCGAAAUGUUACUGGAUGACUUCCUGUUGACCUACCUGGUGUUCAUGUCCACCAGUGACCUAUGUCAGGCCCUUUUGGGACACUAUAGCAGCACCCGCUGCAGGGGUCAGGAGGAAGGCAAGGACGCCCUCUUCAGGAAACGCAAGGUGCUGCAUCUGGUGUCCCACUGGAGCAGGCUUUACAAGGACUUCCUCAAGGAAGAGGAGCACGUCAGGAGUUUUAUGAAGACGCUGUACAGGUGUGUUUUGGAAGAUUUGUACGAGUUCCCCACACUGGAGAAAGAUCUGAAGGAGUUCCAGAAACUUCUGCGUCGGAGACACACUGUGGAUGACUGCCCUCCAAACCAAAGGAGUAAACAAAUGUAUCAGCAGCUGAGUCUGAAGGAAAACAGUCUGCACCCACGAAGUCCACAGGCAGACACAAGAGAUGUCAUUUGCUGUGUGUACGUGAGCACCGACUCCUACCUGAGUGUCCACACACACCCGUCACUGGAGGCCCAUGAGAUGCUGAGGAUUGUGGGUGUGAAGACGGACAGAGCGGAAGAGGACAUGGUGCUUGCUGUUGUUACAAACACUGGAGUUGUCUCUGCUGAGCGGAGGAUGUUACAGCCCAGUGACUGUGUGUAUUCAGAGUCCCUGACCCCACAGGGAAAGCUCGUGGCCUGUCGCAGGGAUCUCACUGAGAUCUUGCCUCCUUUAACGGACAGUGCUGAGCUAAGCAGGAGGCCGGUACGACUCUUGGGCAUCAACACCUGGGACGUGGCUGCGGCUCUAACACACCUGGACUGGAGCCUCUUCAAAUCCAUCCAUGAGCAGGAGCUGGUGUAUUACACACUCAGCCGGGCUCCUGGCAGCGGCCACACACCAGCGCUCUCCGUCCUUCUCCAGCGCUGCAACGAGGUCCAACAGUGGGUCAUGUCCGAGGUGCUCAUGUGCGUCUCCCUAAACAAGAGGGUGCAGCUGCUCAAGAAGUUCAUCAAGAUUGCUGCUCAUUGUAAAGCCCAAAGGAAUCUGAACUCUGCGUUUGCCAUCAUCAUGGGUCUCAACACAGCAGCGGUCAGCCGACUCAACCAAACCUGGGAGAAAUGUCCGGGCAAGUUUAAGAAGCUUUUUACAGAGCUGGAGCUCAUCACGGAUCCGUCUCUGAACCACAAAGCCUACAGGGAAGCCUUCAAGAGGAUGAAACCUCCUAAGAUCCCUUUCAUGCCUCUUCUGCUGAAAGAUAUCACCUUUAUCCACGAGGGAAAUAAGACCUUCCAUGACAACCUGGUCAACUUUGAGAAGCUGCACAUGAUCGCAGACACGGUGAGAAUGAUCCGGCACUGCCAAAGCGACCAACCAGGCAACGAGGUCAUCGGGGUCGACAGUGCCGAGGUGAGAGCCAGUGUUAACUACCUGCACAUUAUCGACAAUCAGCAGACUCUUUUUGAGCUGUCACACAAACUGGAGCCGCGUGCUUAAACACACUGGACACACAAAACUGAGUCCUGUCUGUGUGUGACACGACGAUACAAUGUCACACGCUCACACACACACACACACACACUGCAGUAAACUACCAACGGGGGGUGCCAAGUGGACACUAAUAUGUUCUGACACAAACACGGAGCAGCACUCCAUCUAUGACGGUGAACACGUGCUUUAUUAAGGAUUUACGAACGUCUCCCAGAAAAGAUUCCACGCGGCGAGGCGGAGAUUUGCCAAACGGAGCCCGGUGGUAAAGGAGGCUGUAAUUCAUUUGUACAGUAUCUAUUGGACUGAAUGUGUUUUUGUUCUUGUGAUGAGUUUUCGGUUAUUUAUGAACCUGUUCAGCAGGUGGAACGUUCCUUUCAUUUCUGUCAAAGAGUCUCGUUGGUCACCAAGGCCUUCGUCAUCAUUUCAGACACACAAACUUAAUUUUGCCCGCGUAUGGCGAAGCAUCUGCCUCGUGCUGCAUAGAUCCGCAGGAUACAUGCUGUCGUUGUGUAAAUGUCUGACGUGGAGCUUUUUUUUUUGUUUGCUUGUUUUUCUGUAGCAUAUUAUUUAAUACAAGCAGCAGCCAGUGCAACACUUUGUAAAAAAAACAUUUCACAGAGUCCUGGUUGACUUUUAGCCAAACACUUCUCAUGCACUAUAUGAUAUUUUCUGUGAAUAGAUUUGAAUUAUUUGACAUAGUAAAAAAAUAUGGACCUAUACAUUAUUCAGUGCCAAAUCACAUUCACAUUGAGUCCUGCAGCACGGAUGUACUGUCUUUUCUAUCACACUUUUAUUUUAAUGAGUCCUGGAAUGGCGUGUGGAACUGACUCCCCCCACGCAGCGAUGCUCUCUGAUAUCAUGAUGACUGAUUUCCUCGUGCGGGUGUGAGGAGUUUUCCACUCAUUCUGGGUUGCUGUGGAAGUACAGAAAUAUUCCUUUACCUGACAAGUCAAACCACUGCGCCAUGAGAGAAAAAAAAAAAUCAUAAUCAUGAGGAGAUUUAAGCUGACUGAAAAGAUCAUUGACGGGUGAUCGUGUGUGAACUGUCUGUGGAAACUAACACAGGGUGUGGACAUGAUAAAAGAAGCACAAGUGCAAAGACCUCUCCCUUUGAAUAUUCAUAACUGUAAUUGUAAAAGUAAAGGACCCCUUCUGUAUCCAACCACUUUUCUGGUGACACACCACUCUUUAUUCAAGUCCCUGAGUAAUCAGCUUCUCUCCCUCCCGUUUCUCACAAGUACAAGCAGCAGACCUCCGAUGUGUUUGUGUUAGUUUGUCCUCGCCCUGUAUUCGUCCAUGCAGUCACUCCAGUGGUGCGUUUCUGCCGAGUAGGAGGAGCCGUCCAACAGUGAGACUCCUUAAUGUUCCGUAUGUAGUGAUGCAUGUCUCGCAUUGUUUAGAUAGCUGUAAACACAUGGGUUUAAUGUGCAAUACCGAAGAUGUUUUGUUGCCACGGGUUUUUCCGUCGUCAUCAUCACCGUCAUUUCAACACAAAGCCUUACAGAACACAGAGCUGCUGCUUUCUCCUGCAGACCAUAAUGAAUCGGAAGCUUUAGUGUAGAAACGGUCUCGGUGCCAAAAGCACAUUUGUUCUCAAGACAGAAUUUGAAGGUGAUGUCAAGGUGAAGAAAACCCUACAUAAAUGAUUUGAAUUGCGUGUUAUAAGUACUGUAGUAAUUGUGUAUUAAAAACCUUUACCUGCUG